UUCCCAACAGCGAAUACAAUUUCUCCAUUAUUAUAAAUAUAUAAGCACCGUCUCAAACUUUGACCGCAUGGAAAAAAGUGAAACUGUCAAUGGCCUAGAAUAAAGAGAAGAGCAGAGAGGUAGAGACCAGUAGUGUAAGAGGAAGUGAAGAGCUUGAAAGGAGCGGAGGAGAAUCAUUUAGAGAGGUUUCUGUGUUUUGAGGAGUGGAUUUAUGUCGGCUGAGUUUGAUUUGACUUUCGUUGGGGCGCAAUUGCAGCUCUGGAUUUCAUUCUUUAUUACAAAAGCUUUCACUCUCUGCGUCGGUGGUGUUGUUUCUUGGUGCUUUUGCUUCUUCUGCUAUAUGCUUCUCUGCUGUUUCAAGCAGAGGUUCAAUCUGGGGUACCCGGCUGUUUCGAUGCCUUUGAAACCAAAAAGGCCUUGUUCGGGAGUAGAGGCUUUCCAUUUAAAGCGAUUUUUUAAUCUCUUCCUGUUCUUGAGAGGGGCUCUCACUUAAAAAAUCAAAUAGCUUUUCUUUGCUUCCGUUUCCUCUUAUCUGUUCCUUUUUGUUCUUCACAAUUUUUUCUGGGAUCAUUUUGAGGGGGUUUUGGAGAGUUUUACCCACUAUUCAUAAUGUCACUAAAAAGACAAUCUUUGCUUUACACUAAAACCGGCAAUAAAACCAACGAUAUUAAACGAAUCUUGUCGCAGGAGUCAAAAAUGGAGUCCACAAUGAGAAAAAUCCGUGUCAUCUGUUAUGAUCCGUAUGCUACCGAAUCCGAUUCCAGUGAUGAUGAAUCUGACAAGAAAUCGUCUAGAAAACGUUUUGUGCGAGAAAUCAAUCUUCCUUCGGUUGUCACCCCCCAGCCAAAAGCCUUUGAGCCUGAGAGUUCCUGUCAAGACAGUAAUAAUAGUGCUAAAUCCCCCGGUAAGAAGAUGAGGGUUUUGCCUGAAACCCCAACAUCAACUUUCAAAGCUAAGAAACUAGCACCAAAGAAACCUGUUGGUGUUAGGCAGAGGAAAUGGGGUAAAUGGGCAGCUGAGAUUCGGAAUCCAGUGACCAAAGCGAGAACGUGGUUGGGUACUUUCGAUACUCUUGAAGAAGCUGCCCAAGCCUACGAGGCAAAGAAGCAGGAAUAUGAGGCUUUGGCUAUGUUGGCCUCUGGAAAAAGUCAAAACAUUUCAUCAUCUCUGGCCAUCUCUCAAUCUCAUUCUCACAACAGCAGCAAAAAACAAGUCAGUUGUGCAUCUUCUGGGGAUACUGAUGAUAGCGUUGUUUCGCGUACUUCCCCUGCUUCUGUUCUCGAGCUUGACACUUCUAUGGUGUCAAAUGUUACUGGUGAAUGUGGUCUCGUGAUCAAAUAUGAAGACAUUGGUUCUUCUGUUGCGAAUCUUGAGAUACCUGAUUUCGAUUUUAUGAACGAUCCUUUGGCAUCUUGUCCAAUAGAUCAAGAUCUUAACUUGGGUCUCGACUUUGGUAAUCUUAUUGACGAGUUUGGUCGAUUUUAUGAUGAUUACUGUGUUAUUGAUGAUCUUGAUAUUUGCGGGCUAAAUGGCGAAGAACCAGGCGAGCUUCCUGAUUAUGAUUUUGAGUUUGGCAACGAGGAAUUCACUUAUUUGGAUGAUCAUCAACAGAAACCCCUCAACAUUGCAUGCCAUUAAGUUUUGCAGCUAGGAUUUUAAUUGUAGUAGAAUUUUUAUUAUUACUAGUUUAUUAUAUGUUGUAUUAAAGCAACAAGAGAUCUCAGGGUCUGUAACACAGGCCCUUGAGAAUGGUUUUGCAAGUGAGUUUGAGUUGUAUGUUUUUGAGAGAGGAGGAAUUAGCACAUUUUGCUGUAGGGUUUUAAGUAUUCUUUGGGUUUUCCUGUGCUAUUAGAGCCUUCCAAGGAAUUCUCCAGUAUCUUGAGUCGUCGAUGUUACUGGGUUUUGAGAGUUUUGCUUAUUCCUCGCAUCUUGUCCGUGUGAAGUUAUGAAAUGGAACUUGUGUGAUUUUUAUCU